AUGACGACGCUGAUGGAGUCCCCAAGCCUGGCGAUCCAGUAUCGAAACCGCCGGAGACGAAGUCGAUUCGCUGGACUCUUUGCCGAAUUGGCGUUUCGGGCACAAGAGAGGAGGAGCGCAAGCCGCGGCGAUGGUGCAGAAGCGGGUGUCCUUCCGGAGGAACUCUCUGUAUCUGCGGCGACAAGCGACAGUCACAUCAUCCCCGUCAUGUCUCGGGCACCGUCUCAGUCUCAGUCUCAGUCUCAGUCUCGUGGCCAUUCGACGCCGACAGAGGCACGUGCAUACUCCGGCGACGAGGAAGACAACAGCCCAAUCCCAGAGGAGUAUCGUGGCAUCGGCGAGUCUCAAGAUGGUGGUAUAACGAGGCAGUCUUCGUCAGCCUUCUCCUCACCACCAAGUCAGAACAACUGGGAGAACGAAAGUUCGAUAUCUUCUUUUCGCGCCUCUACUCCAGCUUCCCCGAUGUCCAGCAGAGCCGCAGGUGCGAGUAUCAUCGAACACCCCUUGGCCCAAAAAGGUACUUGUCCUUUUGAAAGUAGGCAUCAACAAGUACCCCUGUUGCCGAAUUCUUGGCUGCACGACGACAUCAGUGCCAGCAAAGCCACAGCCUCUGAGAUAGAGAUGGAGAUUCCCACCCUCCAAUGCGCAACAUGGGGGCGAACAGGGCACCGGGCCGACAGGUGGCAGUCACAAACUCUGAGGACAACGUUGGAACACGCAUAUCUGCACGACCAGCCCAGCAAUGAUAUCAUUCAGAAUGGUGUGAGCGCGGCCUCGACUGCUGCUGCCAGAGCGCAAGGUCAAAUUCCAACAUCCAGCGUCGUUCCAGUGCCAUCGCCACAGACAUCCCUCACAUGCGCCAUCACUCGACUCACACCCACGAACAGCGCAUUGAUCCCGACGCCUCACCACUGGAACCGCAGAGCUGGUGUCAGAAGACGUGGAUAUGGCUCGCAUCUCCAACCCGUUGUCGGACAUGUUACUAUCGUGUAG